AGUAAUGAUGAUAAUAUGUUUUCAAAAAGUUAUAAUAAUCUCUUAUUCUCCCUUUCUUCUUCUAAUAUCUGAUCUAGGCUCCUGCCAUAGAUGAAGGCUUAGCACAGAGAAUGAGUGACGUCUGGCAAGCUCUUGAAAUGCCAGAUGACCGCAGAAGUAAAAUGGCUUUAAGAUACAGCACCAAUGAACAAUAUCGCAGUUUACCUAAGAUGCUCACUGACUGGGAAAAGGUUGUCAAUCAAAUCAUAGAGAGAGAGAUCAUCCUUUCACAACUGGAAGCUUUUGAGAGAUAUGCUUCAGACCCCAACAGGUUCUUUGUUAGAGUGGCAGGUGGAAGUGGAGCCAUGAGGCUAAGAGAAGCAAGGGAGCGCAGCUUGCUCUAUAAGAAAAUUGAUGAAAUAGAGGCAAAGCUUAUUCCUAGUAUAAAACAGGUUACCAAGAAAUACAAGGAAACUGUCACCUUUCAGAAUCGUCCGUACCUAGAAAAAAUGAAGUAUGACCGCGUCGAGAUGCUGUAUUAUUUGCAAGAAGAACGUAAAGUCAACGCCAUACACUAUGAAGCUUCACGUCUGGGCAUCUCUCUAGCGACUAAAUAUCUGGACCUGGAGAGCUUACUCUCAAAGCCCGUGGAAGAAGAGAGUCCAUCAGCGCUUCGGACAGCAAGUGCUGAAAUUAAUGGUUAAUUCAGGAAGGAGACCAGGGUUUUACUAGAAUGUAAUCUGUAGGUUUUGAGGAGUUUUUGGUUAUAAUUCUUCAUCUGAAAGCCAAAUAAUAUAGAAACUACUACGAAAGUAACAACAGCUGUAACUGCAUUGGUUUUUAGAUGAAGCUCGUGUGUGUGUGUGAAUAUGUAUGAGAGGGUUUAUAAGAUUAUAAGAUUAAGUUUAUAAGAUUAAGAGGGUAUGAGUAGGGGAGGGCAUGAUAUGGAAAGGGGUACAUGUAGGCAUCACAAAUUCUAGGCACAUUUAUUGUACCGAGGAUCUGUGAAUGUAUGUAUGAAUGCAUGUAUGUGUGUAUGAAUGUAUGUAUGUAUGAAUGCAUGUAUGUGUGUAUGAAUGUAUGUAUGUAUGAAUGCAUGUAUGUGUAUGAAUAAAUGUAUGUAUGUAUGAAUGCAUGCAUGUAUGUAUGUUUGUAUGUAUGUAUGUCAUUAUUCAGUUUUAUUUCAAGAUUUCUUGCCAAUAGAGAGAGAACUGGCUUCUAACCUAGAUCUUAGGCUCCUUCAUUGGAAUUUCAACAUCGACAACAGAGUAUUUUUGUAUAUAUGUAUGUAUAUAUGUAUGUAUAUAUGUAUG